CCACUCCUGGGAUGGUCUCUGUUGUCAAUCAGUUGGUAGCAUUUGAGUUAUUUCUACUUUUUGAUACUAUAAAUAUUGUUAAAAUGUAUUCUUAUAUGGAUGUGUUUUCAUUUCUCCUGGGAGCAGAAUGGUUGGAGUCGUGGAAAACUCUCUGCUUAACUUUAGGAGGGUCCUUCUACAGUGACCACGCCACUUUCCAUUUGCACACAGCGUUCGAACUUCUGACUUCUGGGCUAGUGAGAUGGCUCAGCAGCCACCGCAAUGUCGGGGGAGAUGGACAAGCCACUGAUCAGUCGCCGCCUGGUGGACAGUGAUGGCAGUCUGGCUGAGGUCCCCAACAAGGCUCCCAAAGUGGGCAUCCUGGGCAGUGGGGAUUUUGCCCGCUCCCUGGCUACACGCCUGGUGGGCUCUGGCUUCAGCGUGGUGGUUGGCAGCCGUAACCCCAAACGCACAGCUGGCCUCUUCCCCUCUGCAGCCCAAGUGACUUUCCAGGAGGAGGCUGUGAGCUCUCCACAGGUCAUCUUUGUAGCCAUGUUCCGGGAGCACUAUUCCUCACUGUGCAGUCUUAGUGACCAGUUGGCUGGCAAGAUCCUAGUGGAUGUAAGCAACCCCACAGAGAAGGAGCAUCUUCAGCAACAGCAGUCGAACGCCGAGUACCUGGCCUCACUCUUCCCUGCUUGCACUGUGGUCAAGGCCUUCAAUGUCAUCUCUGCCUGGGCCCUGCAGGCUGGCCCAAAGGAUGGGAACAGGCAGGUGCUCAUCUGCAGUGACCAGCUGGAAGCCAAACACACCAUCUCAGAGAUGGCACGUGCCAUGGGUUUCACACCCCUGGACAUGGGAUCCCUGGCCUCAGCCCGGGAGAUAGAAGCCAUACCCCUGCGCCUCUUCCCUUCCUGGAAGGUGCCCACCCUUCUGGCACUGGGGCUCUUUGUGUUCUUCUAUGCCUACAACUUCACCCGGGAUGUACUGCAUCCGUAUGUGCGGAAGCAUGAAAACAAGUUCUACAAGAUGCCUUUGUCUGUGGUCAACACCACACUACCCUGUGUGGCUUAUGUGCUGCUCUCCCUGGUAUACCUGCCUGGUGUGCUGGCAGCUGCCCUUCAGCUGAAGAGGGGAACCAAGUACCAGCGCUUCCCGGACUGGCUGGACCACUGGCUGCAGCAUCGCAAGCAGAUCGGGCUGCUCAGUUUCUUCUUUGGGGUGCUGCAUGCUCUCUACAGCUUUUGCCUUCCUCUGCGCCGCUCCCACCGCUAUGACCUGGUCAACCUGGCUGUGAAGCAGGUCCUGGCCAACAAGAGCCACCUCUGGGUUGAGGAAGAAGUCUGGCGCAUGGAGAUCUACCUCUCCCUGGGUGUGCUGGCCCUGGGUACGCUGUCACUGCUGGCCGUCACCUCACUUCCAUCCAUUGCCAACUCACUCAACUGGAAGGAGUUCAGUUUCGUGCAGUCCACUCUGGGCUUUGUGGCCCUGAUGCUGACUACGCUGCACACACUCACCUAUGGCUGGACCCGUGCCUUUGAGGAAAACCACUACAAGUUCUACCUGCCGCCUACGUUCACGCUCACACUGUUCCUGCCUUGUGUGAUCAUCCUGGCCAAGGGUCUCUUCCUCCUUCCCUGCCUCAGCCUCAGACUUACCAAGAUCCGCAGGGGCUGGGAGAAGGAUGGUGCUGUCAAGUUCAUGUUGCCUGCUGACCACAGGCAGGGGGAGAAAACAAGCCACGUGUGAGGCCCUGGAAACAGAGAUGGGCACAGCUUGUGGGGGUCCUGAGCUGGGUUCAGGUCUCUUUUCUGGAUGCUGCACUGGAGUGAUGAUAUAUGGGAUCAAAUUCCUGGGAUGCAGGUGAAUGCCAGGAUAUUCAGAAUGACACACCAUACAUGUGAUAUGUAUUCAUAUAUAUUUCAUAUAUAAUAGGAUUUGGUAUUAUUCCUACUUAACUAAAAAAGGUGGGUCCAUAUAUUUCAAAGCAAGUGCCACACAUUAAUCAGCAGAUACCACCCUUGUGACAUUUGCAGAGGCAGACACAUACUUGAUAUAGGAGAAAUUUGUAUUUUGCUGUGUUCUUUAAUCUCUGUUCUCUAUAUUCCCUGUUAGCUACAUCCUAAAGUUGGUACAGAGCUGGGCCAAGAACUGCCCAGGUGCAGCCUACCCCACAUGCCUGGGCUAAGAAGGAGGCCCUGAGUGUGCAGAGGAUCUGGGUGCAAAUGCAGAUGCUCCCCUGGCAUGUGUGGGGAAGCUCACCAAGAUGCCCUGGAAUCCAUGCAGGAGCUUUUUGCAGGCCUGUCCUUUCUCCAGGGAAGGGACUGAAGCUGCCCCAUCUGAUCCUAGCUGAGCUGACGGGAUUGUUCCUCCUCCCUGAAAGUCCAGAGUCACUGUGCAGCCUGCAAAUUGAUCCUUCUGCAAAGGUGUGAAGUCACCUCCUCGCCAGAGCCAUUAAUGAACCUGAUCUUCAGAAGUAUAAUUGUUCUCCCUCCAUUAAGUUGCUGGUGACCCUCCUUUAAAUCACUGUGCCUUCUCACCUUUCCCAUCAUUAAUUUGGACAUCUCCCUGGAAGACAUGAAGUAGACUCCUGUCAUAGCAACCCAAGACAGGGGGUGGGGGUGGGGGUGGGUGGAGGCUCCAGAGGGUGGUUGCUAGAGCUUUCAGAGAAUAAUCAGCCAAACCAUCCCCUUGGAUUCAUCCCAGGGCUUGGGGACUGCCUUCCAUAAAAUUGGUUCCUAAGGAGAACAACAGGGACCCCUAUCGAUUUACUCUGUUGCCUGUGGGCAGACAGCCUACCUUCUAAGCACACAGAAACCACAUUGGCUGCAUGCUCCUCCUCUGGGGAUUCCACAGCCCCCCCUUGCCCAUGCUUUUACCUCCCUCCCUUUCAGUUACAAGCAAGCACAAAAGUCUGCAACUAUUGUUUUUUUAAUCUUAAACAUAACCAUAUUCUCAUUUUAAAUAGUUACAAUUUCCUUUGUUGUUAUUACUCUCUUCCUGUGCUUGGUUUAUUAAUUAGACCUACUCAUGGAUCUGUAUAGGGGAAAUGUGACUUAUGCGUGUGAGUGUGUGCAUGCAUGCAUGUGUCUUUCAGUCUGUCUAGAAUAGACCCUGUAUUAUAAUUCAAAACAACUGGGAGGGGCUUUUCCAGUAAAGCUACAUACAAGUGUCAAACUUUGCUGCCCCAAAGCACAGAAGGCCAGACCAUAGCCAGGGCAUAGGGCAUCUAUCCUCCAAGUCCUGUGACAUUCAUCUGUGAGGGCAGCUCCUCAGGCCAACCCCCAUAUCAUUCAGAGAUGGAGUGAUCUACCACCAUUACAAAACAGUGAUCCCAUGGGCCUCCCCUGGGCCAGGAAGCAUCUUUUGAUGCAGGGAAGAAAGAAACGGCCAGCGUACACAGGAUGAGAUGUUCAUCUUCCCACCAGGGAGGCAUCAUCAGAGACCUUAAGUAAAGGGAUAGAAGCCCAGUGCAAGAACCUCCCUUUAGGCCCACAAUGGGCAGAGGCAUCACACCGGAGAGCCUGGCUGCUUCUUGCAGAAAAGGCCAGCCAAUAUCCUGUGCCAGAAAUAGGGCCUAGGACUUGAACUGGCACCCAUUGUGGCCCACAGAGAGGACCACUGGAGGCAAAACAGAGAUGUUAACAUAACAGCAGCCAAUGAAUUCCCUGCUGACCAAAAGCAGGAAGAACACUGGAAACAGCAAAAGUGGAAGCCCUACCUGGUAGGGGCCUACUGCCUUCUCCAUCUCUCUCUGGAGGGAGAUGGUUCCUUGUACCAAAGGUACCCCCAGGGGGGGCAGUGGGACACCCUCCCUUUCCUCACCCUACCUCUACCGCAUUGCUACACAUGGUAAGUGGGCACUUACCAAUCAGCUCAUGGAUGGCAGGUGGACCAUGUACUUGGUCCCAAUCUUGCCAUCUGUGCCUGCUUCUCCCCAUCUCCCCAAGCAGUCAGCAGCUUCCAGGGGGCUGGUCACUCCCUAAGGCUGGCAGUCUUCAUUCUUUGGGUCCCAGGGUACCCCAGCCCAGUGCUUUAGAAACUAAAUGCACAGCCUGAGAUGGACAUGCAGCAUAUGGUGGGCUCAGCAUCCCUGUUUCAUCUUGUAGAGUUGUCUCAGAAGUGGUGACAGUACACAGUCACCUUUUGAACUUCAGACUUUCCUUUCAGGAAAGCAGAUCACAUGAGCAUCACUUCCUUUGUGGAUUCAGCUAGUUCUGUGGCUGGAGCCUGUGCUCACUCGGCCAUACAUUAGAUGGAGGGGUUGCCAAGGUGAGCAUUAAUCUGUGCCAGAGGUAGCCACUGAGGAAUGGCAGGUGUGCAGAGGAGUGACAGGCCAGUGAUGGAACAGAUGAGGUCCCCACGACAGAGUCUGGGUUGUAAAAAACAGUGCAAGAGGAAUGAAAGUCAUGGUUGUCCUCUAGCCUACACACAUAUACACACAAAACUCUAUAUUUUUUUGAUAGCACAGAAAGUAGCUAUUUUUUUUUUUGCCCCACAAUUUCCCUAUGACUCCAGACAGUUUAUCUCUGCAAAAUUUGGUCUCUGAUAGUUGUUCAGAAAUGCUCCUGUUUCAUACUCAAGUGGAAACUUGGAUGCACUGGCCAUGUGACCCUCCCUUCCCGCCCAUGAGGUGAAUAAUGAGGCCCUGUCUACUGAGUGCUGAUUUCAAUUACUGGACCAGAAACCUGACUUGUUUCUGUAAGUUCCCGUUGUAGGCAGAGCCUGGCUUUCAAAACAGUCUUAGUUGUGAAAGAUUUCCCUAACCAUCAGGCUUCCAUUUCCAAAAGGAUCUAUCCUGCUACUUCCAGUUUCUGGACAGAAACGAUACUUUUUGUUUAAUUUUUUUAUUAUAGUGUGCAUGUGUACCUGUGUGUAUUGUGUGUGUGAGCGGGUGUGUGUGAGCAUGUCUAUG